AUGCACUUUAAGCUUGAAAAUGCAUGGAACUCCUCGUCUGGCUCCGGUCACAAUACUAACGAAACUAACAAUUACUACGUCUAUCCAUGGCACAAGGCAUCGAAGCAUGCAACGGCCUCCGCAGGCAACACCACAGCCGAAAUUAACGAGCUCGACGACGAUUCCGACGAAGAAGCUGCUGCCAUUGCCAUUCUCGAUGAUUGCGACGACUUGAGUUUGCUCGUUGACGAAUUCGAUAAUUAUUCACCGCAAACGCCGCCCAUCACGAGCACUCCGAAACGCAAGCGUCGCAUUAAUCGUCGCACCGUUUCGACCGUUUCCAGCAACAAUGCUUCGAAUGCGUCCACGACACAAGUAUCGAACAGUAAUAAUUGCAUCAAAAUUAAAAUUUUGUCGAAUAAAUCGGGUUCGGAGAAUGCCACGACUUCGGGGUCGCCGCAACAAAACACCUCGGGCGGGCGAAAAAGCAAAGAUUUCCGCAUGAAAGAUGAGCUCGCGAAUCCGGAAUGUCUCGAAAAGUUGAAAUAUGAAAAUAUUUUGUAUAAACAUACGGAGGAGAAACCGUGGAUUUGCAAAAAUUGCGGCCGAAAUUACAAGUGGAAGAACAGCUUGAAAUGCCAUUUGCGGAAUGAGUGCGGCGUCGAGCCCAAAUAUCAUUGCACGAAGAUGUGCGGCUACAAGACACACAUUUACAGCAACUUGAAACGUCAUUUGAGGUCCAAAUUCUGCAGACCUGUCGAUGGAGGAGGAAGUCUGUCUCUGGUGAAAAAGCCUGGAAAUAGCACGACUUCGCCGUCGCUGGAUGAGCCAUGUGAUUUGCGCCUGUUAACGCCCUCAGUAAAUUUGCGUGAAUUAUCGUCGUCGUCCGUUACGUCGCCCAUUACACCACCGUCCAACAUAACAAGUGUGCCGCUGCCCCUCUUUUCGGGCGGCAGUAGUAGCGGCGCCGGAAGCGGGAGUGUUUCCGCCGCGAUCGCCAGUGCCACCGCCAAUCUCUUGUCAUCGGGUCUCAUACCAACAACGACCACCGGUGGCGCAUACACGUGCAAUCGUUGCGGCAACUCGUACGCCCGGCCGCACAGUCUCAAUCGACACAUUCGCUUCGAGUGCGGCGUCGAGCCCAAGUUUCAAUGUCCCAUUUGUAUUUUGCGUGCCAAGCACGACAACGUCACGGACGAACAGAUGGAACCGAAGAUCAUAAUGUUGACGAAUGGCGAAACGCGUUACAGUUGCUCCAAGUGCGGCGUCAAAUACAAGAAAAUGAGUGCCUUACGAAGUCAUUUUAAGGAAUGCGGUAAGGGAGCGCAAUGCCCCUAUUGUCCGAAAGUCGUUACGCAACGUCAUUCUGCAUUCAGUAUUUUACAGACACUACUGAACACGGGCAAUGCGCUGCAAAAUCGUGAUGUGCCCGCGCAAUGUCCCUACUGCAAACGCGUCUACGCCAACUCGCAAAAGGUCCAGGCUCACAUCAAAAAGUACUGCUUGAAGGAGAAAAAGUACAAGUGCAUGUUUUGUGCGUACCGUUCGAAGCGACGCGACCACAUAAUUCGGCAUGCGGCACGCGUUCACGAAACGCUCGUGGCCGAAAAGGUGCAAGAAGGCCUAAUUACGGGCGCAAGUGAUGCCUUUAUCGACGAAGGUGAGCUGGAUGGUGAUGUCUCGAAUGCUGGGGGCGGCGUUGGCGGGGGCACCGCAAGCGAAAGUGGCGAAUCUCUCUUGAAACCACUGUUGGCUGUUAACAAAAAUAAUAACGUGAGUGGCGAAGACAAAGAUGACGACGACGGGCAACAAGCGAUUUUUGAUGAUGACGAAACCGCCGAAGAAUCGGACCAUGACUCGGAUUACGAUGAAGAUGCAAUUACGGAUGAUAAUUAAAAAAAAUAUUUUUUUUUCCAGAAUCUAUACAGGGUUACUUUCCCUCCCCCUUUUUCCUUCUUAGAAUUAAAAAAGUCAAUUUUUUAUUACCAAGAUUAUCGCAAAAAAUAUUAAAUAAGCAAGGAAUUUAUUGUGGUAUUUAGUUUUUAAGGCAAGGGGUUCAUAAUUAUUAUUAGAAAAAAAAAACACAAAAAAAUUAUUAUGUUAAUUUUUUUCCAGAAAAACGAAUGAAUGAUAAAAAUUAAUGUUAUAUUUAUAUUAAAAAUUGUUGAUUCUUGUUUUACCGUUUUAAAUUUUAUGAGACAGCAACAUCCAGAGACAAUAUAUUUUAUCAAAUUAGAAAAGAAAAGAAAAGAAUGAAUUUAGAAAAUUAAUAUUUUUUCAUAAUAAUUGAUGUAAAUUGUAAAAAAAUAUCGGGAAAUUGUUAUUAUUCCAGAAAGUUAUAUAUAUAAAUAUCAUAAAAAAUUUUUUUUUGUCAAAAUAAGAUAUAUGAAAUAAAUUUUCGUAAUAUAUAUUUUUAAAAAAAUAUUUAAGUUUAUACAGAAAAAAAACUGACUGAAGGAAGUUUCUUGGAGAAAUAAGACGAACAUCGCGUUAAAAGGAAGACGAAAAAAAUCAAAAUAAAGUGCAAACUAUACAAAAACAA